UCCAAGGCUUUUCGUGCGCAGCUUAUAAUCAACGACGAAUCGUUCAAUGUGCCUUAAUCGAUUUUUGAGGUUAGAAUUUUAUGUUUAGCGAGGAGCGUUUGUCGAGAAGGACGUGGACUCAAUAGCUGGAUAUUAAUUUCACAGAUUAUUCAAGCGAAUAGAGUGCCAAUUGUAGCGUAUAAUGCCACUGUUAAAGAGAUAAGCAUUCGUGGAAGAGAACGAUCGUCAGUAUGGAGAAGAGAGGGAGCGCUGAGCUUCUGAACGUCGAACAGAGUAAUUCCAAAAAUGCCAGUUCCGAUUCGCUCAACUCUGACAGUAAAAGCAGCUCGCUUAAUUCUAAAAUAGGACAAGAAUCGGAAAGUUGGGAAAAGGCGUCUCGUUCGAAGAGCUUUUCGACAAGCUCGACUUCAACGGAUAAUAAUAUCAUUUCGGCUCUAGAAACUAAUAAAGAGAAUCAAGGAAAAGAGGAUUUGAAUUUAACUGGAAACGAGACGGGACCGCCGCUUCUCAAUGGCGAACGUGUUCAAGGUGUUGCCCGCGAUGUCACAUACCUGUGUCCCUACUCAGGACCAGCCCGAGGAGUGCUCAGUGUCACAAACUACAAGCUACAUUUUCGCAGCAUCGAUAGAGAAACUCCUUAUGUGGUUGAUAUGCCCUUGGGAGUCGUUAGUAGAAUCGAGAAAGUCGGCGGCGCAUUAAGUAGGGGUGAAAAUUCUUAUGGAAUAGAAAUCUUUUGCAAAGAUAUGAGAAAUCUGAGAUUUGCGCACAAGCAGGAAAAUCAUUCCAGACGAAACGUUUUUGAAAAGCUGCAGCAGUAUUCCUUCCCUUUGUCGCACAAUAUGCUUCUCUUUGCUUAUGAGUAUUCCGAAACCUUUCCGGAUAAUGGUUGGAACGUGUAUGAACCAAUCGCCGAACUUAAACGUAUGGGAAUAAACAAUGACAUGUGGAAGAUAUCAAAGAUAAACGAUCUAUAUUCGAUAUGCGAUAGUUAUCCGGGGGUUUGGGCAGUCCCAACAGCAGCGACCGACGAAGAUCUCCAGUCGUCGGCAGCGUUCAGGAGCAGAGGUAGGCUCCCGGUCCUCUCCUGGAUCCAUCCGGAAAGCCAGGCGACUAUAACACGUUGCGCCCAGCCACUUGUCGGAGUCGGGGGGAAGAGAAGCCGCGAAGACGAGAGGUACAUACAGUUAAUAAUGGAUGCCAAUGCCCAAAGUCACAAGCUCAUUAUAAUGGACGCACGGCCAAUGGCUAAUGCCGUAGCGAAUAAAGCCAAGGGUGGCGGUUACGAAAGCGAGGAUGCUUAUCAGAAUAGCGAGGUUGUCUUUCUUGACAUUCACAAUAUUCACGUGAUGAGGGAAAGUCUGAGAAAGUUGAAAGAAUUGUGUUUCCCGACUAUCGACGAAACCCGGUGGCUAUCGGGCUUGGAGUCAACGAUGUGGCUAAAGCACAUCAAAUGCAUCCUCACUGGAGCGGUGAAGAUAGUUGCCAAGGUCGAGACUCACAAGACUUCCGUAUUGGUUCAUUGUUCCGAUGGCUGGGACAGAACGGCACAGUUGACGGCCUUGGCGAUGCUGUUGUUGGAUCCGUAUUAUCGAACCAUCAAAGGCUUUGAGGUUUUAAUAGAGAAGGAAUGGCUUAGCUUUGGUCACAAAUUUCAACAGAGAAUCGGUCACGGCGAUGAGCAUCAUAGCGACGCGGAUAGAUCGCCGGUCUUCGUUCAAUUUAUCGAUUGCGUUUGGCAAGUGAGCCAGCAGUUCCCAAAUGCCUUCCAAUUCAACGAGCACUUUUUAACAACGAUAUUGGAUCAUCUUUAUUCCUGCCGCUUUGGCACUUUCUUGUGCAGCAGCGAAAGGGAAAGGGUGCAAGAGAGAUUGAAGGAGAGAACGGUGUCCCUUUGGUCUUACAUCAACAAUCAAAUACCGUUUUAUCAAAAUCCUCUUUACUGGGAUGGUCCGAAUCAUCAGCUAGUUUUAAUACCGAUUGCCAGUAUGCGAUACAUCAAACCAUGGAAAAGCUUUUACUGUAGAUGGAAUCCCAGUAUGCGACAACAGGAUCCCGUCUACCAGCGAACGCGCGAACUUCUAGUCCAGAAGGAGCAGUUGAAGAAAAAGGCGGAGGAGUGUCGGCGCGAGCAGGCCAGCCGCACAAAUCGCACCCUCAACUCCUCGGCGCCGCCCCGGCUCCACUCGCCCGUCCAUUCUUAGCAGUGUCCGGUCGACCAGCCCCGCCUCCUCCUCACCUGCAGCUUUGUAAAUGAGCCUUAGACCCUCGAACCUGCACCCGCGCCAACAUGCAAAUGCAUUACGGACAAGAAUCUAUCGCAUUGUGAUUUUAUCGCGCAAAGCGACACUCGCUCGUCUAACUGAAUCGACCGUCGCCUUUUGUACAAAGCGCCACUCUGUAAAACUUUUAUCCCAUUAAUGUUAAAAGGAAGAUACGAUUGGUAGAGCAAGAGCGUAGUAAAGCACUUUUUUGUGGAUCUU